AAUCUAAUAUGAUUUUAUUCGCAGCAUGUUCUCAACGGCGCUAUUGGUGGUAAUACUUUUAUUGCUGCUACUGUACCUGGGUUCGAGAAAACCAAAAGGUUAUCCUCCAGGUCCGAAAUGGUGGCCGAUUUUGGGCUCUGCUCUGGAGGUGGCCCGUCUUCGCCAAGAGACUGGUUACCUGUUCAAAACCUGUUCCGUCCUGUACAAAAAGUACGGGCCCGUGGUUGGCCUAAAGAUCGGCAAGGAUCGCAUCGUGGUGCUGAACGAUCCCGAGAGCAUCCGGACGAUGCUUACCGAUGAAGUUUUCGAUGGAAGACCGGCUGGUCCCGUCUACGAGGCGAGAACUUUCGGCACCAGAAGAGGUUUGCUAGUCGUCGAUGAGAACUUAUGGAUCGAGCAGAAAAGAUUCGUUUUGAAGCAUCUUCGGGAUUUCGGAUACGGUCGGAAGAGCAUGUCCACGAUAAUAGAAGAGGAGGCUCAAUGGCUGGUCGAGCACUUCAAAAAGUUGAUCAACGACGAGUACAAUAAUCGUAUCGACGAGUCGAAGAUGUACUGCAACAAUAACGAGCACGAGGACGGACGAAUGUAUAAGUGUACGAAAAAUAAGAACGAGUCGGAUCGAAUGGAUACGACACCGACGAAUCGAUACACUAAAAGCGCGAAACAAUUAAAAGUCUCGGACAUGUACAUGAACGCGAACGAGUACGUAGAAGUGAGAAAAAUGGCAGAAUCAUCCACUGGAAUAGUUAUCUCGAUGGACGAUGCCUUUGGCGUUACAGUUUUCAACGCUCUGUGGAGAAUGAUAGCUGGUAAAAGGUUUAACGUCGACGACGAGGAACUGAAUCAUCUUCAACGGAUAAUGACGGAACUUUUAUGCGAGAUCGAUAUGAUCGGUGCGCCCUUUAGUCACUUUCCGAUAUUGAGAUUCAUCGCGCCGAAAAUGUCUGGUUACGAAGCCUUCCUGAAGAUCCAUCAGCAACUGUGGACAUUUUUGAGGGGCGAAUUGGAUAAACAUAAGAAUACCUUCACGCCAGACUCACCGAGAGACUUGAUGGACGCAUACUUAACUGUUCUCAAGUCUAAAGACUACAGUAGCACGUUUUCGGAGUCUCAGCUGCUUGCGAUUUGCGUGGAUCUGUUCGUGGCAGGAUCCGAAACGACGUCUAAAGCUCUCAGCUUUUGCUUCCUGUAUCUGGUCUUGUACCCGGAUGUCCAAAGAAAGGCACACGAAGAAAUCGACAGAGUGAUCGGACGAGACAGACUCCCAACUGUGGAGGACAGAGCAAAAAUGACGUACAUGAGCGCUAUCGUGUUAGAAUCGUUACGAAUGUUCGUAGGACGAUCGUUGAAUGUACCUCACAGAGCGCAAAAGGAUACAUCUAUAUUAGGUCACAGAAUACCGAAAGAUACGAUGCUUCUCGUGAAUUUCAACAGUAUACUGAUGGACGAAUCCUGGGGCGACCCCGAAACUUUUCGACCGGAAAGGUUUAUCAACGAAAGCGCCAACAUUAUUAUACCGCAAACAUACAUUCCGUUUAGUAUGGGAAGACAUCGUUGCAUGGGAGAAAAUUUAGCGAAAAGCAACAUAUUUAUCAUUGCCACUACAUUGCUACAACAGUUCACGUUUUCUCCUGUCUUUGGAGAAAAGAAACCGUCAUCCCAAGACUUCGUCGAUGGUGUUACAACUAGCCCUAAACCGUUCAGGGUAUUGGUUUCGUUGAGAACGUAAUGAAAUAUCGAAUGGAACUUCGAUCGAAAGAUGCAGAGCUAAGACUUGUAACUAAUUUAAUGUUUGCAUUGUAUCGUAUAAUCGGCGAUAUUGAUAUUUAACAUUGAUAUUGAACAUUUAUUCAAACGCAUAUGUAAAUCCAAAGAAUCGUUUAAAAUAUAAAAAUGAAUACCAUACAGUUAGAAAUAGAUACAUCGUAUCUUAAUGUUCAGAAAAAUAUAGUUUAUUUUAUAUGAAAAUACAUGUAUUGUGUAUAUAUUUAUAUAUGUAUAAGAAGCCAUACGAAAUAAAUAAUACAUAUACGAGAACAAUACAAAUUUCAUAUCACCGUUUUGCUCUUAAAAAUUAACAAAGAUCUAGGUCUGGAUCUUCGGUACUAUACUUUUAAUAAUAUAUUACGGACAGUAUAUAAAUUGCACAUUACUAGAGAUUCUGUAAACACGUAUAUACUUUUUUUUUUUAAUGUCGCUUAUUUUUCUAUAUGAAAAGAUAAAUCAUCCGUUUGUUCCGUUAAUAUUGUAUCUCUUAAAAUAGUCUGGCACUUAUUUUUAUCGCGAUCAUGAAUAUACUGCAUUCUCAUUAAUAUUAAUAUUCUUGUGCUUCGGAUCACAAAAGUUUUCUUUCUUUUUUGCUAAUU